CUUGGGUAGGUACAAAUUCUUAGAAAUUAAAAUAUUAAGCAGUUAUCAAUUAAAUAGUUAACAUGCAGAAGUUCGUUAUGAUGCUUCUUCUGUCCGUUGUCGCCGUGUUGGCGAUGGUUCAAGCGAAACCAUCUCCUUGUGGUUACGGCGGUUGCGGUGGUAGCGGGGGUGGACGGGGUUACGGUGGUGGAGGCAGUUAUGGAGGUGGAGGUAGUUACGGAGGUGGAGGCGCUUAUGGAGGUGGAGGCGGUUAUGGAGGUGGAGGCGGCUACGGAGGUGGAGGUGGUUACGGAGGUGUUUCCAGUUCCGGCGAUUAUGGCGGAUGGAGCGAAUAUAAUAUCGGAAACGGGCGAGAGAACUAUAACGAAAUACAUAAUUUGUAUGGUAGAGGAUGUAGUACCUGCGGAGGUCACAAAACCACUAACAUUGGAAAUGGUUUUGGCAACACUAACAAAAUAUGGUACUAGAAUGGAUGAAGAGGAUGUCUCAUAUUUCAUUAUUACAAUGCGUCAAAUGCCAUAAUAUUUUAUAUUAAAAUAUUACAACUUUUCUACUAAAUGAGAAUGAUUACAUUAAUUCGUGUCUUAAUUAAGCCAAA